UAGGAGAAGCUAGACAAGGUUCUUGUAAACUCUCUCCUCUCCUUCCUCCUCUGUAGCUUCUUCUUCUCCAUCUCACUUCUCUUCUCCUUCCUCCGCUGUAAUUUCUUCUUCUGUCCAAUUGUUAAUAGAAACUGGUGUGGAGGCUAACGAGUGCAUUAAAAUUUAUCUCGUUUCCAACAAAGAGGAAGUAGGUUCUCCUGAAUUUCCAUGUGUUACUCCAGUUGAUUUGAACGAUUUUUUGAUGGAGAUGGAAAAAUAUAUGGCUACCAUGGUUUGAAGUCUAAAUCUAACAACAGCUAAACGAUGGAGGGAGGUGAUCACCUUGCCCAUGAAAGAAACAAAGCAGAGUUCGAUGUCAACGAGAUGAAGAUCGUCUGGGCCGGUUCUCGCCACGCUUUUGUGGUUUCAAACCGGAUGUCCCGCCUUGUCGCCAGUGAUCCGGUCUUUGACAAAAGCAAUAGAGCUGUAAUGACGAGGAAAGAGUUGUUCAAGAACACGUUGAGGAAAAGCGCUCAUGCUUGGAAGUUGAUCAACGAGCUUAGUCUCUCUGAUGAGGAGUCAGUCAUAUUUAAAUAUUUCAUGGAUCAACCUGGCUUCUUCGAUCUUCAUUGGAGAAUGUUUGUGCCUGCAAUCAAAGGACAAGGGACAGAGGAACAGAAACAAAAGUGGUUGCCUCUUGCCAACAAGAUGCAGAAAAUUGGAUGUUACGCUCAAACUGAGCUUGGUCAUGGCUCUAACGUCCAAGGCCUUGAGACAACCGCUACUUUUGAUCCUCAGACAGAUCAGUUUAUCCUUCACAGUCCAACUCAGACAUCAUCCAAAUGGUGGCCUGGUGGUUUGGAAAAGUUUUUACUCAUGCUGUGGUUUAUGCUCGUCUUAUAACCAAUGGCAAAGACCAUGGUGUCCAUGGAUUCAUCGUGCAACUACGUAAUUUGGAUGGCAGUGGAAGAAGAGAAAUGCGGUGGUGGUGGGGGUGGGGGGAGAAGAAGAAGAGAAAUGCGGUGGAGGAGGAUAAAACGACGUCAGUUAGUGGGAGUGAAGAGUCGAGAACAAGUGCAAGAGUUGAAGCAGAGAGUGUGGUUAGAGUUGUAUCAGAUUGGUCAUCUUGGAUUUGGUAGUCUCUCUCAUUGGGAUUUAAUAAUGUGAAAUUUGAUAGUAGUGUACAUUUUGUAAGAAGUAGACGGUUAAAAAAAUCACUUUUGAAUUGAAGGCUACAUACAUAACAAUUUACA